AAACAAAGGCCGCUGGGGCUUCAGUCUCGCAAGGCAGGCGCCUGCUGCCGGGGUCGACGACAUUGGUUCCCCUGUUGAAGGUUGAAACGGCGGACUCUCCACAGCAGCUCUUCAGAAUCGUCCCUUCUCCUUCUCCGUCUUGUUUCGAGAGGCCGGAGAAGACAGACGGACGCGUAGUGGUCCAACAGAAACAUUCCCCCAGACGCGGUGCAUUCCCUUUUCGUCUCCCUUCCGCCUUCUGACCGCGAACUAAUGAGGUCCAUCAACCACACAACAUAAGUGGAAUAAGCACCAACUUUCAAACCGGCCCCAAAUGAAGUUAGGUAACGCGAGGCGGCGACUACUUCACAGUGGGACCGCCAAGGCCGCCAGGUGCUAACUCACACAUCGGGCGAGAGCAAUGAUUCUCGCGUCCACCGUCUCCUCUGGAUCCAUUUCCGUCCCCCUAGGAUCAAUACGCCGUCCCGUUUCCCGAGCUUCCGUUUUCCGGGAAUCCAUUCCUGCCGGAAGCCGUUUCCCUCUUCUUGGACCCCGCGUCUGCAAAUCCUCGAGAACGGCGGAGAAGUUCCACCUGAAAGCGCAUCCUCCAAUGGCGGCAGCGACGACAGCAAAAGGGGAGCCGAAACUGCUCGUUUUCGGGAGCGAGGAAGAGCUAUCGGAGAGCUUGGCGGAGUACGUUUCGCGGUUAUCGGAGAAGUUUGUUGAGGAGAGAGGAGCAUUCACUCUGGUCCUCUCUGGCGGCUCUCUCAUCAAAACCCUGAGGAAACUGAUGGAGCCGCCUUACUUGGGCGCGACCAAGUGGUCUCGAUGGCACGUUUUCUGGGUGGACGAGAGGGUGGUCCCCAAGGAUCAUCCUGACAGCAACUACAAGCUCGCCUAUGAUGCUUUCCUCUCCAAGGUUCCCAUUCUCCCGAGUAACGUUUGUGCCAUCAAUGAUUCGCUCUCUGCUGAGGCUGCUGCUGAAGAUUAUGAGACUGGCCUGAGGCAGCUUGUCAAGUCAGAAGUGGUUGCGCUGUCCUCUGAAAGCUGUUUCCCAAAAUUCGAUCUCAUUUUGUUGGGAAUGGGUCCCGAUGGUCACGUGGCAUCUCUUUUCCCUGGGCAUCCACUUCUUAAGGAGAGUGAACGCUGGGUUACCUUUCUGAGGGACUCUCCUAAACCACCCCCAGAACGGAUAACUUUCACUUUUCCUGUCAUUAAUUCUGCGUCUAACAUCGGAAUUGUAGUAACUGGGAGUGGAAAAGCUGAUACCUUGAGAACCGCUUUGGAAGACGUGGACCGUCCUGACCCACUGCCAGUUCAAAUGGUUUCCCCUGAAGGUGAGCUUUCCUGGUUUGCAGACAAAGCGGCUUCUUCAUUGCUGCAAGGAUCUUCAUCUCUUUAAGUGUGUGUCUUGUUAUGAGCGUACCGUCAGCAUGCCAUUUGGCUUCAGUAGAAUAAAAGUUCCAAGGAUCUUCAUCUCUUUGGUAGUUUGGUUGUCCCCUAUCAGUCUGGCACCAACAUGAAAUUUGGCUUCAGUAGAAUAAAGUAUUUUCUUAACGUCUGGCUGGUGCUUUAGCUUUGUAAGGUUAUGAAAUAUUUUGUAGCGACUUUCAUCAGAUGGUGGUUUACGUUCCUAUCCUGUUCUUUAUGCAAGGAGGAAUUUUGACAAA